UGCGAAAGGCAGGCCUGGGUCAGUGAGGAGCCCCGGGCCCCGGCCUGGCCUGCUGCUGCUAUCGCCAGCUGUUGUGCAUCUGCUGGUGGGCGGCCGACCCUCCACUAGGCGCCGACGUCUACCUUCGGGCUGGACCCGGCAGGGUUUCUAACGGAUGUUCCACAGUAAUGCUGACAGGGUCUCACUAUGUACUUCAGGCUGCCCUCAAACUCACAGUGAUCCCCCUGCCUCAGCCUACCACGUCCUGAGAUUACAGGUGUGCACCACCAUGUUCUGCAGCAAGUGCAGCGGGUAACCCAAAUCUGGAAUCAUGAAAAUUUUGUUGGUGUUUGACUUUGACAAUACAAUCAUAGAUGACAAUAGUGAUACCUGGAUUGUACGGUGUGCUCCAGACAAGAGGCUUCCUAUUGAACUACAAGAAUCUUAUCAAAAAGGAUUUUGGACAGAAUUCAUGGGCAGAGUCUUUAAAUACUUAGGAGAUGAAGGUGUAAGAGAAGAUGAAAUGAGAAGAGCGAUGACGUCAAUACCUUUCUCUCCAGGGAUGCUGGAACUUUUCAGCUUCAUAAGAAAGAAUAAGGAGACAUUUGACUGCAUCAUUAUUUCAGAUUCAAAUUCAGUCUUCAUAGAAUGGAUUUUAGAAGCUGUCAAUUUUCAUGAUAUGUUCGAUAAAGUGUUUACAAAUCCUGCAGCUUUUAAUAGCCACGGCCACCUCACUGUGGAAAAUUAUCAUGCACAUUCUUGCAAGAGAUGCCCAAAGAAUCUUUGUAAAAAUGUAGUUUUGGUAGAGUUUGUAGAUAAACAGCUACAACAGGGAGUGAAUUAUACGCGAAUUGUUUAUAUAGGCGAUGGUGGAAAUGAUGUUUGUCCAGUUACCUUUUUAAAGAAGAAUGAUGUUGCCAUGCCACGGAAAGGCUAUACUUUACAAAAAACACUUUCCAGAAUGUCUCAAAAUCCUGAGCCCAUGGAAUCUUCUGUUGUCACUUGGUCUUCAGGUGUUGAAAUAAUUUCUUAUUUACAAUUUCUAAUAAAGGAGUAAUAUGCUAACAGUU